AUGGUAAGAUUAUCUUAAUCAAACCAUAGCUUUGUUGUGUUUACAUUGUUUGCUUUACUAAUCUCUUCCUGUAAUGCAAUCAAUCAUUUGAGAGGACACAUUGAGGGUAUUUUUAUAUUAAAAACAAUUAGAGCAUUAAAAUAAGCAUUUAUAUUCAAGCCAUUCUAAAGGGAACCCUAUCACAGCUGUAAUUAUUGGAUUCUUAUGUGUUUUUGGUGCAUUUGCUAUGUUAUGGUACAAUGAGAGAAGGUUUAUAUUUAUCACAUAACAAUAAUAGAUAAGCUAUUACUGAAUAUAGAUUAGAACAAGCAAAGAAAUAAUGUACAUCAGUCAAUUCAGCUGAAGUAAAUCCUAAUACUAAUCAUUAAUUGGUUCACACAAAUGGUAUAACUUAAACUUUAACAAUAUAUUAGGUGAAAGUAAAACUCAAGAUCUUGUAGUUGACGCUGCUUUUGGAUUGUCAAUGAAAGACUGUAUUAAACUAGUAAGAACAGUUGAAAUGUAUUAAUGGGUACGAAAAUCAAGAGAAGAAAAUAAAAGAACUGUUUAUUAUUAUGUUUAAGAAUGGAGUUCAACUUUCCAUUCAGAUUGUGGAGAUGGACAUUAUAAUGAUAAAUCUAAAUGGAUUGUAGAAUAAGAGACAUAAGUUAAUUUGAAUGUUCGCAUUGGUGCUUAUUUAAUAAGUAAGUCAUUGGCAGAAUAAACAAAUGCUAAUGAAAGUAUUCCUAUGGCUAUGAAUAAUGCAUAAGCUGUUUCAAAUUUCUAUGGAUAUUCAAAAGGAUUUUAGAAUUUGUAUCAAUUUUAUUCUUAUUUAUAGUGAAGCAAAUGGACAAUACAUAUAUUUCUAAUAAAAUAGAGGAACUGUUACCAUGAAUGAUUUGAGAGUCUCUUUUGAUGCUGCAAGAACUGGUCCUACAACAGUUGUUUCUCAAUAAUAUAAUGAUACUUUCACACCAUUUGUUAUUCAUGAUAAAUUUGAAUAGACUUUAGCUAGAGAUGAAAAUUUGGAAGAUAUGGAAUUAUCAUGUGCUACUUGCUGUUGUAUUUGCUGUAAACUCUGUCGAGCACUUGAAAAGCCUCUCACUUAAAUAGAUUGGAUUUUUGAAUCAAUCAUGACGUAAAAUCAAGUAUUUAAAAAAAAAGCUGAAGAAAAUGCAUGUAUUACAUUGGCAUAAAGAAUUGGUGGAUAUGUAUUGAUGGUAAUUAAUUGAUGUAUUUUUUAGGGAAUUGGAUUUUGUUUGAUAUUCUCCCCAAUCUCUUGGUUGGUUUCAUUGAUCCCAUUGCUUGGAAACUUCUUAGCUUCUAUUACAGGAUUUGUUUUCUUUUUAGUAAGUUUUAUAAUAUCAAUUCCAUUUUCACUAUUAACUAUAGCUUUUGCUUGGUUAUUUUAUCAUCCAAAAUAUGGAAUUGCAUUAAUUGCACUUUCUGGUUUAAUAGGAGCAGGAAUCUACUUUUACAUCAAAAGUUAGAGUUGAA